AUGAACGCGGCAGCCAAUUUCCUCUCUAGGUUUGCAGUGCCGCUGGGCAUGAGCGCCCUCUUUGUGCAAGCCAGUAUGUACGAUGUGCCUGGUGGAUAUCGAGCCGUCAUGUUCGAUCGGUUUACAGGUGUGAAGGAGCGAGCUACGGGCGAAGGUACUCACUUUCUGAUUCCCUGGCUUCAACGCGCGAUCUUGUACGAUGUGCGGAUCAAGCCGCGUACGAUUUCGACCACAACGGGAUCUAAGGACUUGCAGAUGGUGACGCUCUCGCUCCGUGUCCUCUCUCGUCCCGAUGUCGGCCACCUGUCCAAGAUUUACCAAUCGCUCGGCCUUGAUUAUGACGAGCGUGUUCUGCCUUCGAUCGGUAAUGAAGUGCUUAAAGCUAUUGUCGCCCAAUUUGAUGCCGCUGAACUUAUUACCCAGCGUGAGGUCGUCAGCGCUCGUAUCCGCGAAGACCUAUUGACGCGUGCGCGCGAAUUCAAUAUUUUGCUCGAGGAUGUAUCGAUCACCCAUCUGACAUUCGGCCAGGAAUUCACCAAAGCCGUGGAGCAGAAGCAGAUUGCGCAACAGGAUGCAGAGCGCGCCAAGUUCGUCGUAGAGAAGGCCGAGCAGGAGCGCCAGGCCUCGGUGAUUCGCGCUGAGGGUGAAGCUGAGGGUGCUUCUUUGAUUACCAAGGCGCUAGACAAGGCUGGUGAUGGUCUUCUGGCUGUGCGUCGGAUUGAGACUUCGCAACAGAUUGCCAAGACGCUGAGCAAUGCCCGCAAUGUGACGUACCUGCCAUCGAGCGGAAAUAUCCUACUGGGCGUCAACGGACAAUCGUAG